AUGUCGAGCAGUAGAAAACUAUCGUGCUUGCUAUUCCUGGCAUAUUGUAUGGUGACAAAUAUUCAAGUGGCCGUAGGACAUCAACGAACACACAGAGCUGCUGCCAGAUCGACUGGAACAUCUUCGCUCAGGACCAAUAGUGCCGGGAAAAGUAGCAGUGCCACAGCUAUAUCCUGGUUGGGUCCAGAAUUUCAAAUUAUCAAACGUGUCUAUGAUGAUUGUCAGGCCAAAGAUGAUUUUAUGAACUGUCUGAAACAGAAAGCUUUAAAUGGUCUGGGUCGGGCCAUUGAACAGGACUCCAUUAAGAUAUUCGAUGGUGUUGUUUUGGAAAAACAAAAUCAAACCGAAAAACAGAGUAUUAUUGGUAUGCUGGCUGAUGCUAGGGCCUUAAAUAGCCUCGGACCAUUGGAUCGAGCUCUAUUGUCAAAAAUUGAUAAGUUGGUGCGGACCCACUCCCUUAAAGUCGAUAUGAGUGUGGCUCGAUAUGGUGGUGGUGAUGACGACAAGGAUCACUCACAUAAACACAAGAAAAAGGAAGAAGGUGGUCAUGUGAAAUAUGUUAUUGCCGCAUUGCUCACAGCAAUGGGUAUUGCGGGGCCAAUUGGUCUGAAGGCAUUAGCCGCCAUUGCUGGUAAAGCUUUAGUUAUAAGUAAAGUUGCCUUGACCAUUGCCAGUAUUAUUGCCUUGAAGAAACUCUUUUCACAUGAUGGCCACGAGGAGACCAGUUUUCAGGUUCAUGCCGGAGAUCACAAUAGACGCAACACCUAUGUCAUACGCCCGGUACCAAAAACCGCCGGUAUUCCUGCCGGUGUUGGCGAAACACCUGUUGUAGAUCCAUAUCGUUAUUAUUAUGAAUAUCACUAA